AGCCGAACCGUAACAAUAAUAUAUCAAAAUAUUGGUCUCAUUUUCAUGAAUGUGCGUAAUAACAUUAUUAUUAUCGAUUUAUUAUUAAUUAUUAUAACAUAAUAUAUAAUAAACAUAUUGAGUAAUUUUCUUAGACAUUUUCAGUCGGAGUGCUUUAUCAAAUUAUAUUGUUAAAUUCCACGACUCACCAGUCCCGGAUAGUGUUCUCACAAUAUAGGUACCUUAUUGUGUAUUAUUGGAAUAUCAUUAGACUAUUUAUAGGUUUUUACAGCAAAUAUAGCUCAAAUACGUCGUUUACGAUUAGGUUCCGAUUGGCGAUUAGUGAUUACUGAUUACGAUUAUUAAAUCAGUACGCUGUCGACUAUCGUAGUGUCACCACAAUAAUACAGUGUAAAUAUAUAAUUAUUAACUCGUAACAGUUUACAGUAAAAUUGUUAUUAUAUGCUAUAUUCAAUAUUGUAAUAUUAACCAAGUUUAAUAAUUGUUUAAAUACGUUCCACGUUAUUGCAUUCUCCGAAGGCUGUUCCCAAUCCCCCCGAAAAAUAUCAGGCUUUUUCAAACCGAAAACACCUGGAAAAAUUCAGGAACUUACACCUAACGAAAACCUUCACCACGUGUAACACUCCAACUGUGUACUGGAUUGAUGAACUGUGAACUAUCUGAUACUGUAUUAUGGUGAUUUUUAAGCAUACGGCUUAUAACAUGUAGAUUUUCGGGAGAUGACGCUUCCUCACAUUCGGGUAUUGGUGCUGCCUAUUAAUUAUUAUUGUAGGAGAUUGAGUUCAAUAGACAUUUAAGAUGAGUGAAGUAAAUAAUGACAAACCUGAAAUGUGUAUUAAAAAUAGACAUCAUUUAUACAGACUCAUGAUAAGUCAACUUUUUUAUGAUGGGCAUACAUCAAUUGCUUCGAGCUUAGCGAUCCAAGUGAAUGCUGAUCCACCUUGUUCUCCAUCGGAUCGACUCAGGAGUAUAGUGACAAAAGGCUUACAACAUGAAACUGAUCGACAAAAAGAUGAUGAACAGGCAUCAAACAUAAAUCCAGUUCAACAAAUGUUAAUUGGACCAGGACUUGAUUUGGAAUUUGAUACUAAUGUGAUUUGUACUGCUCCUGAACCGUCGCUUUAUGAAACUGUGUAUGUAACAUCCCACAAAGGUGCUUGUAAGGCUGGUGCUUUUAGUCCCGACGGACAGUUAAUCGCAACAGGAAGCAGUGAUGCAUCAAUCAAAAUUUUGGAUAUUGAAAGAAUGUUGGCUAAAGCACAAGAUACUAGUUGUACUGAUAAUCAAGAAGGUCAGGGACAUCCAGUAAUUCGGACUUUAUAUGAUCAUUUGGAAGAAGUGACUUGCUUGGAGUUUCACCCUAACAAGCCAAUAUUGGCUUCAGGCUCUCGAGAUUGUCAUGUUAAAUUAUUUGACUAUUCAAAAGUAACUGUGAAAAAAGCGUUCAAGACCAUAAGUGAUGUGUACCCGAUAACAUGCAUAAGUUUUCAUCCGCUUGGAGACCAUAUGGUAAUGGGCACCUCCAGUCCAAUCAUAAGGCUUUAUGAUAUAAAUACAGUUCAAUGUUAUGUUAGUGCAGUUCCUAGUCAUCAACAUACUAGUCCUAUUACAUCAAUAAAGUUUGAACCAGGUGCCAAGUACUUUGUGUCCUCUAGUCGGGAUGGUUCAAUUAAAUUGUGGGACGCUGUGUCUAAUAAAUGUAUUAACACUUUUGAAAAGGCACACAAUGGUAGUCAAGUAUGCUCUGUGACAUUUUCAAGAAAUGGAAAGUACAUCUUAUCAUCAGGCAAAGAUUCUUUAGUGAAACUUUGGGAGUUGUCCACUAGUAGAUGCCUGAUUGCUUAUACUGGAGCUGGAACCACUGGAAAACAAGAACACCAUACACAAGCAUUGUUUAAUCAUACUGAGGAGUAUGUCAUGUUUCCAGAUGAAGUCACUACGUCUUUGUGUGCAUGGAAUUCACGGAAUGCUUCUCGACAGCAACUUUUAUCACUAGGCCAUAAUGGACCUAUUCGCUCAAUAGUGCAUUCUCCAAAUUCAGCAUCAUUUUUGACUUGUUCGGAUGACUUUAGAGCCCGUUUUUGGUAUUACAACAAAUGAUUGGAGCAUAAAUUGAAUAUUUUUUG